GUGAUUAAUCAGAGUAUGGAUUAUCAAUUUAAUAAUUUUAUUAAAAAAUUAAGAACAUCAAGAUCAUUCUUUCUAACCAAGUAUAAUUUUAGCUUAGAAUGUACAGCUUCAACACUGAAACUCCUGGUGAUUCAGAUUCACAAUUGGAGUCAAGCUCUAUUUGGAAUUCAGCUGGCUUAGCUGUAGACUUCAAUCCAAACAUACCAACCUUACCAAACAAUCCUCUACAACACUUCCAGAACUUUGCUCAGCUCAACAAUUUACCUCCUCUUCCAGUUCCUGCUGGAUUUGAUGAACCCCUUAAGAAGGAGCCUGACAAUACCGCUGAGCAUGAUGUUUCUCCCUUCAUUUCCCAGUAUUCGAAUGAACUAGGAAGUGAUGUUGGAGAAACCUCAAAUGCGACCACUCCUGCUACCAGUGCUGCAGUAUCACCUAACAUCGCAGCAUCACCAUUAUUCAUCCCUGAAGCACAAGCGCCAAACUUGCCCUCUGUUUCCCCAACACCAAUAACCAAUAAAGAUCCUGGUUAUUUUUCUGAAAGUGAGUGUUCCAGCAACAGCUCUGAAAAAGAUAACCUAUCAGCUCACUUUGCAAAGAGUUUGCACAUUGAUCCAUACGCUCCACUGACCAUCCCAGUAAAGUCUCCUGCAUCAAGUAAACCAUCUCUAGAGAGCAUUCCAACUGCUGACACUUCUCCCACUGUUGAUACCAGUGUGUUAAACGAAGAAAUGAUGAAUGUUUUGUCCAGAUAUGAUCCCCAAAGUUUUGACCCGCAAGAUUUCCAGUUCACUGGGGAUGAGUCAUGGAAGAUAAUCAAGAAGCCAGGGAAAGAAGCCGAUAUUGUCCCAGAUCUGUCCUCCCCUGAAAGUGUGCCGUAUGUUCCCAGUGAGGGGUCCUGGAGUGGAGCUUCUUCGCCUUCUAUUGGAACUCCUUGGAACCCUGAACCUGCUAAACCUUCUUUUGUUCAGUCGACCAAACAACAGGUGUGUGUUUUCUGCAGGAACAAUGGAGAAGAUGCCAGCGUCUACACCACACACACCUUGAUGUCCACUGCAGGGAAAGUUAUCUGCCCCAUCUUGUUUGCCUACAAAUGUCCAAUAUGCCAUGCUACAGGGGACUAUGCUCACACACUAAAGUACUGUCCCAUGAUGCCUAAAGGAAUCAGUACCUCUCCUUCUCCUCCUGCUAGCACCUCCCGUGCUCCAAACCUUGCAAGGUUGCCAAAGACUGCUACCUUCCCCAAGCACCUUAGCUCCGGUGCUAAGGCUGCUAUGUCCCUGGGCCCGACUACAAAUGUAACGAAGCCUUCAUUUCAACCUUCUCGAAGUAGAGCGGGCAAAACGUUCCCUCCGACCGAACAGAAUACAGGGGGAAAUGAUAUGAAUACUAUAGCUGACCUCAGAGAAGCUGCCCAGAAGAUACUCAUGUUUACUAACCAAGUCAUGCAGAAGCAGCCCCAGGGUAAUCCAAGAAACCCGCCUCAAGUUGCACAGUUCUUACUUAAACUUGACAAGAACAAGCCUGUACCGUCUCAAAAUUUCAAUAACAGUGAAAGUGUUCCAAGAGGUUUUAACAACAGCGGAAGUGUUCCUAGAGGUUUUAACAACAGCGAAAGUGUUCCUAGAGGUUUUAACAGCAGUGAAAGUGUUCCUAGAGGUUUUAACAACAUUGAGAAUGUUACUAGAGGUUUUAACAACAGCGAAAGUGUUCCAAGAGGUUUUAACAACAGUGAGAAUGUUACUAGAGGUUUUAACAACAGCGAAAGUGUUCCAAGAGGUUUUAACACCAGUGAAAGUGUUCCAAGAGGUUUUAACAACAGUGAAAGUGUUCCUAGAGGUUUCAGUAAUAGUGAAAGUGUUCCAAGAGGUUUUAACAACAGUGAGAAUGUUACAAAAGGUUUCCUCGGAAACCAAAACCCUGGUUCCAGCGCCAACUUGGAUAGCGACAUGGCCACUAAACUAAUGGAACUGCUCACUGCCUCUUCAAACCCCUCAGGUCAGGGCUACCAACCAUUCCCAAACGCUCCUCAGCAGUUUGGUGCCCAAGAUGCUUCUUCUGGAGCUGCGUUCAACACCAAACUCCAAGAAUUGCUAAGUGGAGGCAACUCCUCUGACAUGAUGCCAGACAACAAGUACCCGGUACUGCCCCAGAAGUUCCUGAAGUCUCCCCACUCUGCCCCCUUCUCCCCUACUUUCAACUCUUCUCCCUUCUCUCCUAGUUUCAACGUCAGUGCCCCUGCUUUCGUUCCUAACUUUAGUACUGGAGAUCAGGGAAGGGGUGUUAAUGAUACUGCUAGUGCGGAAAUAUUCAAGAUGCUGGGAAUCAACAAGACUAGUGUUAGUGGAGCUCCACAAGAAGAGAUGGGAGCGCCAGGUACCAACAAGGAGAACACUUUGGCUAACAUUCUGGCUAACAUAAAGGAGUACCAGAACCGAAAUAAUGGUUAAUGUACUGGGUGUGGUGAGGUUAAUGGUGUUAAGAAGUUGAGAAGUGAAGUAAGAGGUGAAGUAAGAUGGUAUUGAGGUGAAUUUAGAAGGUUUGGAGGUGAAGUUAGAUGAUUUUGAGGUGAAUUUAGAAGGUUUGGAGGUGAAUUUAGAUGGUUUUGAGGUGAAUUUAGUAGGUUUUGCAAUUUGCGGUGAAUUUAGUAGGUUUUGCGGUGAAUUUAGAUGGCUUUGAGGUGAAUUUAGAAGGUUUGGAGGUGAAUUAGAGGGUUUGGAGGUGAGAUUAGAAGGUUUGGAGGUGAGAUAAAUGUUUCUGGUGGGCCUGGCUCAAAUUGCGUGAGAUGAUUUUACGAUGCCACGGAAAUGUUCAUGUUUUGAGAAAGAGGAAUUUUAUUUCAUGUCUUGUUAUCAGGUUAUCCUUGUGAUCAUAUAAAUUUCCUGGAAUUUUAAUUUACUCUACCGAUUAAGUUUGAGCGAGCAAUGCAAACAUCUAAAACUUUCUUUUGAAUCGUUUUCAACUUUUUACCUGAUUUUGUGCUAAUUGCUGCGGUGCUUUACUUUUAAUUUUAUCAUUUUUCCAGCCGCAAACUUUUCCAAACUUGAUUGUUAUUCCCUUAAUACUAUAAUUAGGUUAUGAGAAUUACUGAAUCAAGUAAAUACCGACUCGUAAGAUAAUAAUAACGAGUUAUGAUUUGUUCUUGAUUUGAAUUUUGAACUCACGUAAUUUGAAUAGAUGAAUAGACAGUGGGCUGCAAUGAAUUUAAAUUAGAAAUUUUCGGAUUUUAAGUUGGUGCUUACCUCUGAUUGGCUAGAUUGGUGACAUUCACAGUUCAUAUGAAUAAUGAUCUGCUCUCUUAUGAGUCAUGAAUUAAUGUAUUGGGAAUUAUGAAAUCAGUUAAAAUAUUUGUACUAAUAUGACGGGUAAUUACAUAGUAAUUACACAAUUACACAGGGUACAUUUGUUAUGCCAAAACAUAUAAAUUUAUAUUGAUUUUUCUCAUUUCCACUCAUUUCCAUAUCAUAUGAAUGAAAAUUGUUAUGAUUUCCAAUUAUAUUUGAUCUUUUGUGGAUAUCAUUUAUUUUGGUACAGGCACGAUAGGAAUUAUGUUUUUGAUCGAUUAUCAUAAUUUCAUAUGAGUGAAAUAUAUUAUACACUAUAAUUAAAUUACAGCAACGGUACAAUUUAGGUUGGUCGAUGUGUAACGUUGCAUCUACUAAAUUUUUGUAACAGCGAAACUUCAUCUGAUAGGGGAAGGAUAGAAAGCAUUUUAUAAUUCAAAACUAAAUUGAAGUGAAUUGAAGUUGAGCGAGCUUAAAAAUAUGGCUGUAAAAGUUCUAUUUUAAUUUUACGUGGAAAACAUGUGGGGAUGAUCAGAUGAAGUUUCUACUGCAUGAUGCCUGGGGUGUGAUGAGCAACUAGUAGUGUGUACGAUAAUAUGCACGUGCAAUCUGUUGUGCGUGCAAUUAGAUGCACGUGCGAUUAGUUGAACGUGCGAUUAGACAUGCGCACGCAAUGUGUUGCACGUGCAAUUAAACGUGCGAUAUGAUACUCUCUUUUGGUGUUUUAUAUUUUUACACUAGAUCCUUUCUGUCGAGUGAGAUAAUUUUUAAUUUUUAUAAUUUUUGUUUUACAACAUAAUAUUACAUGAUAGUUAUUUACAUUUCGUUAUUUUGAUUUCGAAUCUAUAAAUCUAUUCUAUUCAUUCCAAAUUUUGUGAUAUAUAUGAUGACGUUGCCGUUAUCCAAUGAAUAUAUAAUCUAGGAAUUGUUUUACCAGACUGGGAAAAAUUGAUUAAUAUAAUUCGAACCAAUUAGUGAAUAGAUCAAUUAGUUAAUUGAUCACUGCAACAGCAAAUUUAAAGUUUGGACUGAAGUGUUUUGUUCUCUAGAAAUGUGAGAUUUUACAAAAUUCUCUUGUUGAUCUGAAGGUAUGUACUGAGGUAUGUACUGAGGUAUGUACUGAGGUAUGUACUGAGGUAUGUACUGAGGUAUGUACUGAGGUAUGUACUGAGGUAUGUACUGAGGUGUGUACUGAGGUAUGUACUGUGUACUGAGGUAUGUACUGAGGUAUGUACUGAAGUGUGUACUGAGGUAUGUACUGAGGUAUGUACUGAGCUGAGGUAUGUACUAAGGCGUGCAAUCUGCUUAACAAAAUGAAAAAAAAGAGUUGUCAGGGUGAUGUAAUAUUUGAAUUGAUACUUUUACUAAAACUAACUUUCGUAGUAUCGUGAAUUAUUCUAAAUAGCUCAUAUGCGGAUUGAUAGAAAUUUAAAGAAUGCUGUAUUGCAAAAAUCUUUUAUAGUAUAUUUAUUUAGAAAUGAUUGUUGAGUUUUUAAACUAUUAUUAUAAUUUUAUUCCUAUCUAUAAAUCUUUAUUGUUUGUACACCUUAUACAGUGUAGUUUCAUUGUUUUCAAUACAGUAAAAAUCCUAUUCCUCAACAAAUUUGAUUUCAAUAAUGAUGAAUAAGAUAAUAAAUAAUAAAUUUCCCAUCUUUCAUAUAGUGAAAAAUAUUGAAAUAUUACAAUAUCUUCAUGAUUACAAAACUAUAAAUUAACUUAACUAUUGGUU